UGUUUAUGCAUCCAUCUAAUAACGUUCUUGAGUACCUACUGUGUGCCAAGCUCCACUGAGACCUUCUGGAUUCAAGAGUGAAUUGAGGCCCCUAGCCUCAAUUUUUUGGACUUCAAAGUCAGAUGUAUAUGGGUUUGAAUGCUCAUAUCUCCACAUAGUAGCUCCGUGUGACUAUGGACAGAUUACUUAACCUCUCUGUUUCCUCGUCUGUAAAGUGAAGAUAUUUUGUGAAGGUUCCAUGAGAUGAGGUCCGUUGAGUAACAGUAAGUGCUUUAAAAGCAUUCCUUUCCAUCUUUUCUCCCCUUGUUUCUCUCCAUACUAGAGCUGAUAAAGAAAGUUUCUGAGACUUUCACUGGUGAGGGGUUUUCUCAAAGCCUCCAGAAUGCGUCUCUCUGCCCUGCUGGCCUUGGCAUCCAAGGUCACUCUACCCCCCCACUACCGCUAUGGGAUGAGCCGCCCAGGCUCCCUGGCAGAUAAGAGGAAGAACCGUCCAUGGACCAGGCGGCGCCCAGUGGCUGUGGAACCCAUCUCUGAUGAAGACUGGCAUCUAUUCUGUGGGGACAUGGUGGAGAUCCUAGAAGGCAAGGAUGCUGGGAAGCAGGGCAAAGUAGUUCAAGUUAUCCGCCAGCGAAAUUGGGUGGUCCUGGAGGGGCUGAACACACAUUACCGUUACAUUGGCAAGACCAAGGAUCACCGGGGAACCAUGAUCCCUAGUGAAGCCCCCUUGCUUCACCGCCAGGUCAAGCUAGUGGAUCCUGUGGACAGGAAACCCACUGAGAUCGAGUGGAGAUUUACUGAGGCAGGAGAGCGGGUUCGAGUCUCCACAAGAUCAGGAAGAAUUAUUCCCAAACCUGAGUUUCCCAGAACCGAUGGCAUUGUCCCUGAAACAUGGGUUGAUGGCCCCAAGGACACAUCGGUGGAAGAUGCUUUAGAAAAAACUUAUGUUCCUCGUCUAAGGACACUGGAGGAAGAGGUGAUGGAGGCAAUGGGGAUCCAGGAAACCCGGAGACACAAGAAAGUCUAUUGGUAUUGAGCCUGGGGACAGCAGCUUCUCCUUGUCAUUGACUUGAAGGCUGAGGCACACCUUCCUCAGACACCAAUAAAGAGCACUAGCCUUGUGUGC